UAAAGCCUCUUCAUGAUAUCUUAUGAUUCUUAUCCAUUAUCUAUGAAGCUCAACACUCUGAUACGUAGGUGAAAAAUGGCAGGAAGCAAUUGUGAUGAUGGUUCAAGUGGGUAUUAAUUACAUAUCAUUUGGUUGACUUGACUUUGAAUGUUUGAUCCACCAACUCCUCCCCAUCUGCCCAAUUGCAUCUCUCUGUUUGUUUUGUUAUUGAAUUAGGAUUAAAAGUGAUUUCAGAUUGGCAACAACUGAAUUAUAGACCCACUUUACAAUUUUAUAGACUGACUGUUUAAACCAACUCUCUCCUUUUGGUUUCUAUAUAUAUAUAUAUAUAAGGUUCAUCCAUAUAUCCAGCCAUCUUCAUCACAAGCUUUGAGUUGUCUCCUAUUUCUUUCCCUCGGACGCAUAAACAUAUCCUACAACACAAAAUGAGCAGCGGCGCCAACGCAACUACAAUCGAUGUCCCAGAGACAAGGGCUGAAGCCAAAGGGAAAGCCCCUCUCAUUGCAGCUCCCAUAGUUGCAACCACUAAAGCUACCCCACACCCGAAUGCAGGAUGGAAGAAGGGGCUUGCUAUAUUCGAUUUCCUCCUAAGGCUAGUUGCUAUAGCAGCUACACUGGCCGCUGCUACCACCAUGGGAACUACUGAUGAAACUCUUCCCUUCUUUACCCAGUUCUUCCAGUUCCAAGCUAGUUUUGACGACCUGCCUGCGUUUAUGUUUUUCGUAGUUGCGACUGCUAUAGCCAGUGGCUACCUCGUCCUCUCUCUACCCUUUUCAUUAGUGAGCAUCUUUCGCCCACAUGCGCAGGGAAUAAGGCUGCUUCUGAUCAUCUCUGACACUGUGAUGCUUGCUUUGACCACGGCUGGGGCAGCCUCAGCCACUGCCAUAGUUUACUUGGCACACAACGGCGACUCAAGCGCAAAUUGGAUAGCAAUCUGUCAGCAAUUUAGUGAUUUCUGCCAGAGUGUGAGCGGGGCCGUGGUGGCAUCAUUCAUAGCUGUGGUUAUCUUCAUGUUGUUGGUUAUGAUGUCUGCCUUGGCUCUCAGAAAGCACUGAUCAGAGGAUGAUGCGAAUCGUUCAUAUUGAAUGUUCUCCUCGUGGUUUCUUUCUUAUUUCAACUCUGUUGUGUGAUCGUUAAAGGAAAAAAAUUAUGUAUAAUUGAUUUGUCUGUACAAGAAAAUUUGCAAUGGAAAAUCUAUCAAUAUUUGUCA